AUGGAUCCCUUCAACAGAAAAUCCGCCGAGAUCGUCCGGAAGUCGAUCCACGAACGGUCGCGGAGGCAUUCAGAGGACAGCGACGAUCAAGAUUCAUACGAACUGGCUGCAGCCACCGUGUCUGACGGCUUCCGGCCAACAGAUCUGACGCCAACCGACACUUCAUCAUCAGCUUCUACCCCAAACAAUCCCGAUAUCGCCUCUCCCAAUUCUUCACAAGCUCGAUUGCUAGUGCUAAACCCAUCCAACCCACCACAGUCGAGUUCUGCCUCCAAACCCCCGCCACCCGUGCCUGGUCGCCCAUCAAGCGCAGUCAAACCACCACGACCCCACGAUUCCCUCACGCUGCGCAACGAUGGCUCGAAUUCUGCUCAGACCGGCCCGUCAUUAUCUUCGUCCACAGGAAUGCCUCAGUUACGGCCUCAGAGCCCUUAUCAGGGUCCCACCAGCGCUUCACAUCCGUAUCAAAUGUAUCUGCAAAGGACAUUGAGCAAUGCCACGGCCUCAACCGACCAACCUGCGAAUCAUCGUUCAUACGAUGGACCUCGCGGUCCCGCGCACCCGUAUGCUCUCUACCCGCAAAACAUUGCCACCACAGGCGAUGAAACUCCUCAUCAGAUUCCCGUUGGCUUUGCGACAGCUGGCGACGGAUAUCAAAGACAAAUUGGACCGGAUGGAGAAGAUGCGGGCGGUUUAGUUGGACCACUGGGACAUACCGAGGAGCUACCACCCUACACGAGAUACCCUGAUCAAAAUUUUGUCACCAAGACUCCUGCUGUCACAACACCGGAAGAUGGCAUGGCCGGGACCUCGACUCCGGCCGAGGCCAUCACCGGUGCUGGGGGGAUUGGAGUAGCAACACGGAAUCCUGAGUUUUCCUCCACCGAAGAAGAUCUUCAGCCUUCACAAUCUAGACCAUCUACCCACAGCCGGCACGACAUCAACACGGCCGCCCAGAGCUCCGCAGAAAAGGCCAGGAUGAACAAGUGGCAGCGUAGGGGGAAGAAGAAGCUUUGGGGCAUUGUGCCAUAUUGGGCCAUUUGCCUGCUGUUUAUUGGUGUUAUUCUCAUUGGCGUAAUCUUGGGCGCCGUCAUUGGAACUGUUCUCUCACAUCACAAAGGACGACCACCGCCAGGUGGCGGCGGCUCACCUAGUGACAACUAUCCGUCUCCCUCGCCGGCAUCUGAUGUCAUUCCUUUACCUACCGUCCCUCCUACUCUGCCUCGGCUGCCUGUUGGCAACUAUGCGCUGCCAUCCAUUGUUACCAGCGCAUCGCCCAACACGUGUAUUACUGAUCACAGCCAGCUUGCUGCUUGGAGCUGCAACUUGCCUUAUAGCUACUACCAAAUGAAUAUUGACGUAUCCACAAAGGGAAGAAGCACGUCAUGCUACAAUCUUACUCUCAAACCCAUUAACUCCCCAGAUGCACAGUUCCUGUGGGGAACGCGACCUCCGUACUUCUAUGGCAAGGAAUUGCUACUUGUCAACGACACUCAAGAACCUCGACGUGGCCCCGCGUGGUGGGGCCAGAUUACAUAUGACAAGACUGUUGUCGUUCAAGAGGAAAACAUUUCUUCUGCGAAAACCAAGCGGGACAACCUGGGCGGCGCACUUGUCGGCAACAACGUGGUUCGGGGUAAACUCCCAAGCAUGGGAGCCAAGAACGGCGACAAGCCCUGGAUAUGCACAUGGCCUGACACGACGCUCGAAGUGUUCAUUUAUCCCAUUCAGAACACCAGCUCGCCGUCUAACCCGAACUCGACAGCAACUACUGCGCCCAACCCAUACCCUACGGACGGCUUUCACCCUUUUCCGAAAACGGCCUUUUGUCGCCAGGUUCUGGUUUACAACAAUGGGCGCAGCAUGAAGAACUUGACCGACAGCUUCGGGGACCCCAUUGUGGUCGAGAUCGACGAAGACUUCGAUGACCAACAAAAGUCGUAUCGACGAAAGCGCGAAAUACGCUCGGUUCGGAGGAAUUGGAAUGACCCUUGGGUCACUCGACAGGUGUACAACCUGACGCCCUGUGGCUGUCUGUGGUGGUCUGCCAACACCACUCCUUCGUAA